AUGGCUCUUCUGUUUACCAGUAAUACUAACUUACGCCUACCCGAGAUCUUCUCGAAUAACGCUUCCGACUCUAAUUCCUCUACCGUACCUAGCGUCUUCGACUUAAGUAGCGAAUCCGAAUCCGAGUCUAAAGAUAAGUCCGAAGAUAAGCUAGCUUUAGAAGAUAAAGAGAAGUUCUAUAAUAGUAUAAAGCGCGGUCCGGUACUCGCGAUAAUUACUAGAGAUAAGAAACUUUCCCUUAAAGGUCGACCGAAAGCGACUAUAUAUAUCGAGGAUAUAGCCGAAAAUAUAUUCCCGAUUCCGGAGAUUAUCUUUAAUCCUAUAUUAGUCCUUAGUCCUUAUAUUUUCCUACUAGGUAUACUAUUUAGAAUUAGCGUAUUUAAAAGUCUAUUAAAAGACGGCCCUAUAAUAGACUACCCUAAGAAAUUAUACUAUCUUCGGAUCCUAGAUAGACUUAUACGAGAGGCUAAUAGCCUUCGAAUCGUACUCGAAAAGGGACUUAUUAGAAUAAAACGAGGUAGUAAGAUUACCGGCUUUACGGAAGUCGCGAAGCUAUAUUAUCUCCGAUACGGCGUAGUAAAAUACGCUAGUAUUAAUACUUUUAUCCGGUACUAUAGUAUAGGUAUCUACGUAGAUACCUAG